GUGAAGCCGGGCGAGAAGAAGGGGAAAAUUGUGUUCGGCAGUUUGAAAGGUCCUUCUGAUGUUACCUUCUUCGAAGGCAACGCCUACAUCGUUGAAAAGCCAAGGCAUCGCAUCUUAAAGGUGAAGCUUGGUGCAUCGCAUGGAGAGACCUUCUUCGGUGGCAAUCAGUCAGCCUGGUCGUCCUUGACCAGCUUACUCUACCCACAGCGGAUCAGCUUCUAUGGAGGUAAGGCGUACAUCGUCGACACGCAGAACGCCCGAAUUCUGAAAGUGACACCUGGAGAGAAAAAGGCUGAGCUCUUCUUUGGACAGAAAUGGUCCGGAGACACGCUUGCUCAACUGAAUACGCCUGCGAGCAUUACCUUCUUCCAGGGCAGUGCCUACAUCGCCGAUGCCAUGAACAGCCGCAUUCUGAAGCUGGCUCCGUUCAUGCGCGAAGCGGAGGUCUUCUUCGAAGGGGCCGGGUAUCUGUCCGACGUCACAUUCUUCGAUGGCGGGGCUUACGUUGCCAACGCAGGAAUGGGCAAUCGCAUCCUGAAAGUUCAUCCGACGGGGACGGAGAUCUUCUACGGAGAUCGCGCUCUUCUGCUACACUCCAGCUGGCUCAGAAGCCUCAAGAUGCACGAGGGCCAUGCCUACAUCGUGGAUGAAG